GUGACGUCACCGCCAAACAAAAACAUCAACAUGGAGCCAAGCAAUGAGCCUGACAGGCGGUAAGUUUGUACUCGUCUGCGGAGAAGGCAGGUCGUCCGGCCAGCCCCUGUCCUGAGCAGCCACAGAGUUAUGUCUCCAGCAAUGAGGGUGCACUUUCGAGUCGUGAUGAAAGCCGUGCUGCUCUGCUGCGCGGCAGCCCUGUCCAUGCUGUGCUUCUAUCGCAGCCUCCAGCUGCCCCAUGGAAUUCCUUCCAAGGGCCCUUCGCCGUCUGCCUGGCAGGAACGGGCGCCGCGCUCGCUAUCCUACGGCAGCCGCGACUACGAGUCCGCGUCCACGGGCCCGCUCGCGCCGCAGUACGACACCAACGAACUGCAGCAGCCACUGGACACUGUCGAAGUCACCCCAGCGCAGCAAGAAGUGCUCACCAGCCUUGGGGACCUCUUCAUCAGCGUUAAGACAACGCUAAGCUACCACAGGAGUAGGCUGGAUGUCAUCCUGAAGACUUGGUUCACACUUGCCCAAGAGGAGACUUGGUUCUUCUCGGAUUCCCAAGACCCCGAGUACCAGGAGCGAACAAAUGGCCACCUCAUCAACACCAACUGCAGCACUUCUCACAACAGGAAAGCCCUCUGCUGCAAGAUGUCUGUGGAAUUCGACACAUUCCUGCGGAGUGACAAAAAGUGGUUUUGCCACUUCGACGACGACAACUACGUCAACAUUCCAAAGCUGCUGUCCACUUUGGGCAAAUACAGUCCGCAGGAGGACUGGUAUUUGGGCAGGCCAAGCAUCCGCACGCCGCUUGAGAUCCUGGACAGGGAGAAGAAGAAGCUGGUCGAUGGCAGGAAGGAGAACAUAAAAUUUUGGUUCGCGACAGGAGGUGCUGGUUUCUGCAUCAGUCGAGCUCUGGCCCUGAAAAUGUCUCCAGUAGCCAGUGGCGGCAAAUUCAUCAGCGUCUGUGAGAGAAUCCGGCUGCCUGACGACGUGACUAUUGGAUACAUUAUAGAACACUUGCUGAAGAAGAAGCUGACAUACACUCCAGAAUUCCACUCACAUUUGGAGCCGAUGAAAUUUCUGCGGCAGGAAAGCUUCCCUGAGCAGAUCACCUUCAGCUACUCAGGCCAAGGCAGAGACCUGAAUGUCCUAAAAGCAGAGGGGCUGGACGAAAGGAUCGACCCGACAAGGUUCAUGUCCUUGCACUGCUACUUGUUCCCGCAUUACAGCUUCUGUCCGCGGUAGUCUCAAGCAGGAAACAAUUAUUCACUCACUGGCAGCUAGUCCCUCAUCAAUCAUCUGUUCAUCCUCAUUGCAACGAGUAUGUCGCAUUGUUUGCAACUGCAAUUAAACUCUCGUGUGUGGAGAAUCGACGCAGCGCUCACAUUGAGCGUCGUAUUUUAAAAGAUUGCAUCUGUGAAACUCUGAUGUAAAAUUUGAUUCGCAACAUGUGAUCCACCUUUAGGCACUGAAUAAUAUUUUGCGUCUCAUUAAGUUCAACUCUUGGCCAAAUUUUGAUGCAUUUUCGAUUUAGUAAGCAAAAUUUUCUACUAUUUGUAAUAUAUGGUUAUUAGUUAUGGAAGGUUAUAGCAGAGAUUAUUAACCUGUUGUUGUACAAUAAAUAUUUUGUAUAUACCAUUGCAAA